AUGCGUUGCACGCUGCACCCCGUACCGCUGGUACAGUCACGCAGCUCUCACGUUCACAACCGUGAGUCGCCCACGUACCUGCCUCCCCUUGGUCGCGCUCGAUCCUCAUCAGCUCCCCAGGGUUCAGAUCGCGCCGUCAGGCCAGAUGAUCCCCCGUCUGACAGAGAUCGUCACCUCGCCGCUCAUGAACGAGGUGCGCAGCGCGACACCGGCGACGACGACAACGGCCCACCCGGCUCCCCGGCACCCGCGUCACGCUUCCCCGCGCGUCCCACUCUCCAGUCCAUUCGUCCGCAGCCCCACACCCACAUCCAGCCACGCGCGCACAAGGUUCGCGCUUCGCACGGGACGCAGGCACGACCGCACGGCGCGCGGCGCAGCGCCUUCGCGUCCCUCCGAGCCGUCCCGUUUCCACCCCUCGUAUCCCCUCGCAUCGCGCCCGCGGUCACGCACCGCCCUCCCACGUCUCCGCGCGCGUCCGCACGUCCACACGCCCCACCACGCCCGUCGCCCCCUUCGGCCCUCGCUCGCAUUGGCUCCGCGCGACGCGCCGGCUUCGCCGUGCGGUGCCUGCGCUUCUGGUCGGGAACGUGGGCACCGCGCGCUCGACCGCCCUCGGACCGCCCUCGGAAUCGGACGCGGAAUCGGACGCCCGCGCGGAUGCGGACAGCUCGCCUUGGCGUGGAGACGCCGCACGAGGCCGGGCACUUUGAGCGCACGCGGACGCGGACGCGCUGGGAACGAGCGGCGAGGGCACGGCGCUGGACGGGGACUGGGCACCUGUCACGCCACGACACGCCAGACUGCGCGGCGCUUCGACGUCGAACGUCGACGAGUGGAACGCGCCAACGUCACGCACGCGCGCUCGCGGCCCGAGGGAGGCUCGAAGCCGAAUCCGCUCCCCGCGCGGGCACCCAUUCGCACACCCUGCCGCGCCCCACGCGCCCACGCCAUUCAGUCGAACGCGCGCGCCCACGCCUGCGCCUGCGCCCGCGCCCGUGCGCGCGGGCAACCACCACGCCCCCCUGGCUUCCCAUCUUCCGCACGCCGCUUCGCGUGUCCGAUUUCCCCAUCGCGUAUCUCCGACGCCGGCGCCGAUAUCCGCUUCCCAGCAUCGUUUCCCGACUCCGCCGCCCUAUCCUGGUCAUCUUGAUCACCAUCGCCGCCAUCAUCGCCGUCAUCAUCGCCACCCUCAUCGUCAUCGUCACCGCCAUCGCCUGUCCCCGACCGCGACCGAUCCGACCUGGCUGCCAUGGACCCUUGGGGUCUAGCCGCCGCCGGAGCGCGCCACGACCACGACUGCGCCUGGGGCUCGCCCACCUUGGCGACGCCGAGCCCGAGUCGCGUCGAUCCGCGCCGGGUGUUGAAUCCCCGCGUGCUAAAAUUGAGGACGGGCACCGUGGAGACCCUGCACAGACGCCUUCGCGACACCGCGCAACGCGGCGCGUGAUCCCGCCUCGUGCCGCCGGCGUUCCUGCACCAGCGCGCGCCGAACUCGGUCGCGGCUCUCACGCCUCCCUCGGCGUCUCCUCCCCACCCCCCCCCCCCCCCGCCGGGCCCUCGUUCGCCCUCGCCCUGUCGGUGCGCACCGGAUGCGGCGGAGCUCCGCCUACCCGCGCUUGUGCGGUCGACGCGUUCGCCUCGGCGGCGCAACGGGCUGUAGCGAGUAACGUCAUUCGCCGCUGCGCCCGCCCCGCUCUGGGCACCUGCGCUCACGGCGGCAGCGGCUCCGCGGGCCUCGCCGCGGCCCAUGCGUGCGUUACUCCGCCGCGUGACACGGCGCCGUGGGCGGCGCGGGUGGAAGCGGAAGCGGGGCUGCUGGCGCAACGUUCUGCACGCGCUGGCAACGAGGCGCGCGGCCUGCGCUUCGCGGCUUCUCCGGGCGCUCGCGCUGGCGUGGGCCCUGCCACCCCCAGGGGCCGCGAGCGCGCGGCGCUGCGCGUGCGCGUGCGCGCCCGUGUCCAGAUCCGGAUGGCGCAGGCACCGUGCCAGCUGCUUCCCGUGCUCCCCGUGCGCGGCCUUCGCGAAGCCCUGUCCUGCGGGGCUUGCGCGUCGCGGUUCAUCCUCGCCGCGCCGCGCGGCCCUUUCGCGAGAAGAGACGGCUGGCGUGUGCACGGGCAGCGCAUCGGCACUCGGGACGGGCGUGCCCCGUGCGAGUUUGGCGCGUCGGGCUGCUGCUUGCCCGCGAAGGGGCAGCGCGCGCGCGCGCACGCGCAGGUGUCGCUUUGUCCGACAGCCGUCCACCCCGGUCGUCACGUCAUGCACGAGCGUCGAGACGGCGCUCGCCGCAAGCCUCUAACGUUCUGGUGUGGGACUCGCGCCGUGACAAGCGCGCUCGGGAAACCCGAGCGCCUGGGCCUGUCCCCGGCGUCCUCGCUCGCGUCUCCCACCCACUACCACCGAGGAACGCGACGCGAUCGGCCGUGUGAGAACGAGCCCUCGCGCCCGCAGUCCUUACCGUCGUUCGCAGCCUGCUUCUCAGCUGUCGCCGUCCCCUAUGUACGUCUGGGGCGCAGAAUGGAAGCCGCAGAGCCAGUGCCUGGCGUCACCGUCGUGCAAGCUACGCUCUAUCCGCUUCCCGAUUCGGGUCUGUGCUCCGCGUGCUGUUGA